AUGCUUCAGUUUCGUUAUCCAUUUUAUGUUCUCUUGCAGUGUGCUUUUCCACAACAACGACAUUUGCUUACACUGUUAAGCACAUACUUAGAGUACACAGCGCAAACAUCGUACAAUCCACCACUGCCACCGGACGAUCACUGGGGUCUGGAUAGUCCGUUGCCGAAAUACGAAAAAAUUUAUAUGCUGAAAAGAAGUAACGGUGUGAUAGAAAUUCUUGAUGAAGACGGGAAAAUAGCCGAGCAAUUUGCGGGUGCCUAUGUGGGUAAAGAAAGAUUUCUUCGGGACACUGAAAAACUUUUAACGAUGCUUGCAAACGGACCAUUGUAA